AUGCCGCUGCUCGACUCUCACCUGGAGCAGAUUGCACUCUCCUCCAAUGCUAUUGCCGAUCUACCAUUCCCUCCGCCCCGCAUCUUUACCAACUCGCUACUGGGCUCUCACGAUAUAACGGCAUUGAUCCGCGAUACUGAAGCUCAUGAACGUGCCCUAUUCCAGGUUGAUCCAUCCACCAAGGCCCAUGGAUCCCAAAGGCGCGCCACUCGACGCGGGACCACGUUCCCUGAGCCCGAGACAGAGUCGAUGGCCAGUCGUAUCUAUUCGGCGCGCAACAACCGCACCCAGUCCGCGGUGGCUCGUGUUUUGGGGUCCGAUAUGAUGGAGGAAAUCAAGCGGUCGGCCGGCACCUCGACCCGGGGACCUCGCGGCGAGGUCAAUAUUGAAGUGCUCUUGCGAGGUGCGGAGAUUCUAUGUCAAGUAUAUCCCGUUGCUGGAGCGCAAGACAAGAUUGCUAGCUUGCGCUAUCGACAUGAAAUGAUCACCGAUUCCAUCUUCCAGCUGGAAGAUCGGGUCGCCACCAACACCGCCGAAUUGGAGCAAAUGAGGCAUUCAUACGGAGAUGAUGAGGAUUAUUCUCCAGCACCCGUAUUUCAACCAGAUACCCCAGAUAUCACAGACGAGGAUAUCGAGCACGAAUUGGCCGAAAUCCGCGAGUUGGAGCGGAAAAAGCGAGCCUUGGAAGAACGAGUUUCUGGCAUGGACCGAGAUCUGGGAGGUCUCAUCGGCUAA